UGCCUACAGCUUGUCUGUGCUAAAAUCUUCUGUUCAACAACAGAUACAAAACAUUUUAAAGAUGAAAUUACUCUGUGUCUUUAUGCUGGCCACUUUUCUGAAACAAAGUGCAGGAGCUGAUUGUUAUACUGGAAAUGACUACCCCAAAUGCGAUGACUGUGAUUCAGAUUGUUUCACUGAAAACGGCUGUAUCUGUUCUGAUUUUACCAAAUGCCUUCCCAGUACAUGCGCGUUAGAUCCCAGCAACUGUUGUCCUGUUGAAUUCUCGUGGGAUUCUUCAAAAGCAUGUUGCACAGUGGAAAAAACAUGCAAUCGAAUCUGCGCUGCUGCUGAUGAAGAGUGUGUAUUUCAAGGCGAUGAUAAAAUUUGUGAAUGCAAUAAUAGCAAGUACACUAACAAGACAAUACAAGACUUAAAACCAGUUGUGAUCUGUCAAAGUGAUAUAAUAUCAGUCUCGGUUAGCAGAUGUCUUGUGCAAAGCCUGGGAUAUGAUUACAAGAGUUUCUACCUGAAUGACGCUUCUUCUGAUUGUGUCUUCAACUAUAAUAACAUUACCAACAAUCAACGCUUGGAUACAUAUCAACUUGAUACAAAACAAGGAUGGUGUGGAAAUAUAGUUACGAAUGAUUCUUCCAAAAUAUAUGUAAUGAAUACUGGUCACUUAAAUACUACACCUUCACCGCUCAUCACAAAAAAUCCUAUUGCAUUUAAUAUCACAUGUGGUUACAACAAAACAUUGCAGACCAGUCUUCAAUUUGCUCUUAAGCCACUAAUGAGUACAGCAGUCUUAAAACCAGUUAAUGGAGAGGGUUCAUAUACUGUUACAAUGGCUGCCUUUAAAGAUUCUGAAUUCACUAAUAUAAUUCAAGCAGAUGAUUAUGUUGAAAUCGGAUCAAACAUCUUUCUAGAAAUGGUAGUUACAGAUGCUGAUGGAAGUACCUUUGCUCUGAGUGCUGUUCAAUGUGUUGCAGCCCCUACCAAUGAUCGUACGGAUACAAAUGCAGUUCAGCUGGUCACUAAAGGCUGUGCACCUAAUAAUGGGGUUGAAACAGAAGUGUUAGAAAAUGGAGUGUCUCUGGAUGUAAGAAUUAGAAUUCAGUCUUUCCAAUUUAGUGGCUUUCCGAGCGUGUAUCUUUUCUGUGACGUGAUGCUAUGUGGAGUAAAUGAAUGCACAGGGUGCAAAGUCCAGAGAUCAACAGAUGGAAACAUUGAGACUGUGAAUCUAAAUAUUCUACUACAAGAUAAUGAAUUGACCAGCUUUGGAUCCAAGCCAGCCAUUUCCUGGGCUACGUUGGCUGGUUCUCUGCUCACAUUUCUAUCCAUUAAACUUGUCUGAAGAGACCUUUGGAAUUUGAGUUGCUGACUUCGAUCAAGAUUGAUCCGGUUUUGGGAGUCAUAAUAAAAAUUUCAUUCUCAAGGCUGAAAUUAUUUAUUUUAUUUAAAUAAUCAUACUAUCUGAAUUUGGGUGCCUAGGAUGGGGAACUUUUUAAGUGUUGACGGAUUUUCACUUAAUCACUUUCUAAUUUGGAAAAGGCAGACAGUCAAAUAUUUGGCCUGUUUGAUCAGACCUAAUCAAAUCUUUGACUGUGUUUUGCAUAAUGUACUUUAUAUAAUUACUACAUUUAUUCACUCUGUUUAUGACAUCAAGGGAACUCUCCAAGUACCAAAAUAAAAUAUCUUAUUGCUGUA